AUGCGUUUACGAGUGCUUGUUUGUAUGUUUCUAAUUUUAUUAAUAGUUUCCCCAAGUUCUGAAAAUAUUUUUGACAGUUUUAUUGCUACAAAUGAAAUGGAAAGGGCGCGUAAAAAGAAAAAAGGAGGUGGCAACAGCAAAUACACAGUACCACUUCUUUUUGGAGCCUUGAUGAUCAAAUCAAUUAUUUUUCCAUUGGCGUUUAAAGCCAUGGCUGUAAUGUCAAGUAUUGCAAUACUUUUAAGUACUAUGAGUUUAAUUAUGUCGUCGAUUGUGGGAUAUAUUAAAAUGGGAUUUAAAUCUGCCCCUGUUAAAGUCGUUCAUAAACAACCAUCAUUUAACAGUUGGGCCAAAGACGAUGAUGGUAAAAACUAUUAUGCAGAUAAUUACGAUUUGGUAGCACCGCCACCCCAAUAA